CUGAUGUUUGAGCCAGCAUGUCGCGGAGGAAGCAAGCGAAGCCUCAACAUUUCCAAUCCGACCCCGAAGUGGCCUCGCUCCCCCGGCGAGAUGGAGACACAGAGAAAGGUCAACCAAAUCGCACCACCAAGAGCAAGGACGCCCACGUCUGUGGCCGGUGCUGCGCCGAGUUCUUUGAAUUAUCAGAUCUUCUCCUCCACAAGAAGAACUGUACUAAAAAUCAAUUAGUUUUAAUCGUCCAUGAGAGCCCAGCCACCCCACCUCACACCUUCUCUCCCAGUCCCCCUCCCGAUAAUCCCGACGAACAAAUGAAUGACACCGUUAACACAACAGAUCAGGCCGAAAGCGGCGACCUUCCGGAACGCGGCGGACGCGACAGGGAGGAGUCCAUGGAGGUGGAGGCCCCGGCGGCCAGCAAAGGUGGCGGCGCUGCUCUGGGCGGGGGCGGGAGCGGGGUCACCCCAGGCUGCAGCGGAGGCCCCUCCGCAGGUACCUCAGCGAUCACAACCUCUCUACCUCAACUUGGGGACCUGACGGCACUGGGCAACUUCUCCGUGAUCAACAGCAACGUCAUCAUCGAGAACCUGCAGAGCACCAAGGUGGCGGUGGCCCAGUUCUCGCAGGAGGCGAGGUGCGGCGGGGCCCCGGGGGGCAAGCUGGCCGUCCCCGCUCUCAUGGAGCAGCUCCUGGCCUUGCAGCAGCAGCAGAUCCACCAGCUGCAGCUGAUCGAGCAGAUCCGUCACCAAAUACUGCUGUUGGCCUCUCAGAACGCAGACUUGCCAACAUCCUCUAGUCCUUCUCAAGGUACUUUACGAACAUCUGCCAACCCCUUGUCCACACUAAGUUCCCACUUGUCUCAGCAGCUGGCGGCAGCGGCUGGAUUGGCCCAGAGCCUCGCCAGCCAGUCGGCCAGCAUCAGCGGUGUGAAGCAGCCCCCCCCCCUCCAGCUACCUCAGAGCACUUCUGGCCACACCAUCGCACCCAACAGCGGCUCUUCCCCCGGCAUUAACCUUCUGGCGGCAGCGGUGACCUCCCCGUCCUCGGAAAAAGCGGCCCCGAGCGCCGGCGCCUCCCACGCCAGUGACCCGGCAGCCCCCACGUCAUCGUCACCAGCUUUUGCAAUAAGCAGUUUAUUGAGUCCUGCGUCUAAUCCACUUCUACCUCAGCCGGCCCCCGCUAACUCGGUUUUCCCCAGCCCUUUGCCCAACAUCGGAACGACCGCCGAGGAUUUAAGCUCCCUGUCGGCCUUGGCCCAGCAGAGAAAAAGCAAGCCACCAAAUGUCACCGCCUUCGAAGCGAAAAGCGCUUCGGACGAGGCGUUCUUCAAACACAAGUGCAGGUUCUGCGCAAAGGUCUUUGGGAGCGACAGUGCCUUGCAGAUCCACCUGCGCUCCCAUACCGGGGAGAGGCCGUUCAAGUGCAACAUCUGUGGGAACAGGUUCUCCACCAAGGGGAACCUCAAAGUCCACUUUCAGCGCCACAAAGAGAAGUACCCUCAUAUCCAGAUGAACCCCUAUCCCGUGCCUGAGCAUCUGGACAAUAUCCCCACUAGUACCGGCAUCCCGUAUGGCAUGUCCAUUCCUCCGGAAAAGCCGGUCACCAGCUGGCUCGACACCAAACCGGUCCUGCCCACUCUGACCACUUCGGUCGGCCUGCCGUUGCCCCCGACCCUCCCGAGCCUCGCCCCCUUCAUCAAGACCGAAGAGCCAGCCCCGAUCCCCAUAAGCCACUCGACCAGCAGCCCCCCAGGCUCAGUCAAAAGUGACUCCGGGGCCCCUGAGGCGGCCACGAGAAACCCAGGGGGGCUCGCGGAGGAGGCCGAAGGGUCCACUGCGCUACCCUCUGGCGGCAAGAGUGAAGAUGGCAGCGUGGCCCCCAGCUCGGCCCCGGCAGCCAGCAGCAGCUCGCUGAGCUCCCCGGUGGCGGUGGCGGCGGACGGUGGCCCUGGUACCCGGACCGCCGCGUUCUCCAACCCCUUGUUGCCGCUCAUGUCUGAGCAGUUCAAGGCGAAGUUUCCUUUUGGGGGACUCUUGGACUCGGCCCAGGCAUCGGAGACCUCCAAGCUUCAGCAGUUGGUAGAGAACAUUGACAAGAAGGCCACCGACCCCAACGAGUGUAUCAUCUGCCACCGGGUCCUCAGUUGUCAGAGCGCCUUGAAGAUGCACUACCGGACGCACACCGGGGAGAGGCCCUUUAAGUGUAAGAUCUGCGGCCGGGCUUUCACCACGAAAGGGAACCUCAAAACCCACUACAGUGUCCACCGUGCCAUGCCCCCGCUCCGAGUCCAGCACUCAUGCCCCAUCUGCCAGAAGAAGUUCACCAACGCCGUGGUCCUGCAGCAGCACAUUCGGAUGCACAUGGGAGGCCAGAUCCCCAACACCCCAGUCCCCGACAGCUACCCCGAGUCCAUGGAGUCCGACACGGGCUCCUUCGAUGAGAAGAAUUUCGACGACCUGGACAACUUCUCCGAUGAGAACAUGGAGGACUGUCCUGAGGGCAGCAUCCCCGACACGCCCAAGUCCGCCGAUGCGUCCCAGGACAGCUUAUGUUCCUCGCCUUUGCCCCUGGAGAUGUCGAGCAUCGCUGCUUUGGAAAACCAGAUGAAGAUGAUCAAUGCCGGCCUGGCAGAGCAGCUGCAGGCCAGCCUGAAGUCCGUGGAGAACGGCUCCGUCGAGGGGGACGUGCUGACCAACGACUCGUCCUCGGUGGGCGGCGACAUGGAGAGCCAGAGCGCUGGCAGCCCGGCCAUCUCAGAGUCUACCUCCUCCGUGCAGGCUCUGUCCCCGUCCAACAGCACCCAGGAACUCCACAAGUCGCCCGGCGUGGAGGAGAAGCCGCAGAGAGCAGUCCCGAGCGAGUUCGCCAAUGGUUUGUCCCCCACCCCAGUGAACGGCGGGGCUCUGGAUUUGACGUCUAGUCACGCAGAGAAAAUCAUCAAGGAAGAUUCUUUGGGGAUCCUCUUCCCUUUCAGAGACCGGGGUAAAUUUAAAAAUACUGCUUGCGACAUUUGUGGCAAAACCUUUGCUUGUCAGAGUGCCUUGGACAUUCACUACAGAAGUCAUACCAAAGAGAGACCAUUUAUUUGCACGGUUUGCAAUCGCGGCUUUUCCACAAAGGGUAACUUGAAGCAGCACAUGUUGACACAUCAGAUGCGGGACCUACCAUCGCAGCUCUUUGAGCCCAGCUCCAGCCUCGGCCCCAAUCAGAACUCGGCGGUCAUCCCCGCCAACUCGUUGUCAUCUCUCAUCAAGACAGAGGUCAACGGCUUCGUGCAUGUCACUCCUCAGGACAGCAAGGACACCUCCGCCGGUCACGUCCCCUCCGGGCCUCUGUCCUCCUCUGCCACGUCCCCAGUCCUGCUCCCGGCUCUGCCCAGGAGGACCCCCAAACAGCACUACUGCAACACGUGUGGCAAAACCUUCUCCUCGUCGAGUGCCCUGCAGAUUCACGAGCGAACUCACACUGGAGAGAAACCCUUUGCUUGCACUAUUUGUGGGAGAGCUUUCACGACAAAAGGCAAUCUGAAGGUACACAUGGGCACUCACAUGUGGAACAGCACGCCUGCGCGCCGGGGUCGGCGGCUCUCUGUGGAUGGCCCCAUGACCUUUCUAGGAGGCAAUCCUGUCAAGUUCCCAGAAAUGUUCCAGAAGGAUUUGGCGGCCAGGUCAGGAAGCGGGGAUCCUUCCAGUUUCUGGAACCAGUACGCGGCGGCACUCUCUAACGGGCUGGCCAUGAAGGCCAACGAGAUCUCCGUCAUUCAGAAUGGCGGCAUCCCUCCACUUCCUGGGAGCCUCAGCGGGAGCAGCUCACCUGUCAGUGGGCUGACGGGAAAUCUGGAGAAGCUCCAGAACUCAGAGCCCAGCGCUCCGCUGGCUGGCCUGGAGAAGAUGGCCAGCAGUGAGAACGGAACCAGCUUCCGUUUCACCCGCUUCGUGGAGGACAGCAAGGAGAUUGUCACAAGCUAGAGCAACCCCUGGCUGGAGGAACAGCAGCCCCCUUCCAGAAGGAGACCCACCGUU